CUCUCUCUCUCUCUCUCUCUCUCUCUCUCUCUCUCUCUCACUGCAGUUGAGCAAUCAACAACCCUUCGAAGCCACGUCUCUGCAACUUUCUCAAUCUCUCUGAUACAAACCCUGCACCUCAUAAAUCUCAGAAAAAUCAUCCCUUACAAAUCCAAGUCCAAGAUCCCUCAACAUUUCUCUCGCGGUCCUCCAAAAACCCUCCAAAACGAUGUCAUUUGAGGAGGAUGAGGAAUCCAUGGAGCACACUCUCCUGGUGGUCCGCGAGGUUUCCGUCUACAAAAUUCCUCCCCGCUCUACCUCCGGCGGUUACAAAUGCGGGGAUUGGCUACAGUCCGAUAAGAUCUGGUCCGGUAGGCUUCGGGUCGUGUCUUGCAAAGACCGAUGUGAGAUCCGGCUGGAGGAUCCCAACUCCGGUGAGCUGUUCGCAGCAUGUUUCGUAAAUCCAGGUCAGCGCGAGACAUCGGUAGAGACGGUGCUAGACUCGUCCCGGUAUUUCGUGCUUAAAAUCGAGGACGGAAUAGGGAAGCACGCAUUUAUCGGACUAGGGUUUGCAGAGAGGAAUGAAGCUUUUGAUUUCAAUGUGGCGUUAUCGGAUCAUGAGAAAUACGUGAGGAGAGAGCACGAGAAGCAGAUCGGAGAGACUAGCGAGAGCGACACUCACAUCGACAUACAUCCUGCUGUAAAUCACAGAUUGAAGGAAGGUGAAACCAUUCGAAUAAAUGUGAAGCAUAAACCAUCUAGUGGAACUGGAAUGCUUUCAGCUGCAGGACUGUCAGGGGAUCAUUCUGGGACUGGAAAGCCUAAAACUUUAGGGAUUGCCCCUCCACCAAGUGGGGCAGGAAAAUUAAGGUCUCCACUCCCACCCCCUCCAAAUGAUCCAGCUGCUGCACGGAUUACAGCUGCUAAUCACAGUGUCUAUAUUAAAGCACCUAAAGAAAAUACAAAACGUUCAACUGAUCCUUUAUCAGAUCUUUCUCCACUUGAGAGGAGUCUUCCUUCAGCAACAUCUGGAUCAACAAAGACAACUGCCUCAGGAUGGGCGGCUUUCUAGUUGUGUGGGGUAUUUCUUCAGUAUGAAACCUCUGUUUGAUGUUUUCUUUAAAAGAAAGUGAAAAUGAAUAAUAUAAUUGAGAAAAGUAAGAAAGCACAGCCAUAUACGUUCAUGUGUGGAAAAUAAUGUUUAAUGGAAUACAUCGAAUGCUUCUUUCUCCUACAUGAAUUUUGAAGGUCACAUUCCUAUAUACAGAUACAAUGGAAAAUUGAAUCAUACUUCAUCUUCAUUCUGGUUGGCUGAUGUGUUCCGUCUCAAAUUGAUGUAUAGCGUAUGUUUUGUGCAGCCAUAGCUGCAAUUCUGUAUAGUGUGCAUUCUGCUGCAGUGCUGCUGUGGACCAAAAUAUCCGGAUUAACUCUUUGUCCUUUGAGAUAUUUUUUAGAAAUUCUUUUACCCUUUAA